CUCUCCCUGUCCUGGAGAACAUCCGAAACUUAAUUUUGUUUUCCCAGACAACUCCGGCAAGCUUCAAUUUCACAAACGGAACAUCUGUUUUUAUCAGGAAUCCUUCAUUGUCAUGUCAAAGAGGGUUCUUUGCAAGUUCUUUGCCCAUGGGGCAUGCCUAAAAGGAGAUCACUGUGAGUUCUCACAUGAUUGGAAGGACCAAACGAAUAACAUAUGUACCUUUUAUCAGAAAGGAGCCUGUGCUUACGGUAGUAAGUGCAGAUAUGAACAUGUCAAAGCAUCUCGUCCACAUACUUCUCUUUCAUCAGCUUCAACAAACUCUCAUCAUCAUAUCCCGUCUAGUUCUGUUCCAGUUACAUGCCAUCCUUCUAGAGUACCCUUAAGUUCUGAACCAUCUCCUGUCCUGAGUAUUCACACAGAGCUUUCGGAUCUGAGUAGGCCUUUCUUCCUCCCUGCUACCUCACCAUGGUCUCAAGAAUCCGGUGAAAAUUACUUAUUGGAGAAUGAAAAUGGUGGGGAAUCUACCGCUGUUGACCCAGCUGAGAUUCCUAUUUGCUCAUUCGCUGCUGCUGGGAAAUGUCCUCGUGGAGAAAGAUGCCCACAUAUCCAUGGCGAUCUGUGUCCCACCUGUGAAAGAUAUUGCUUGCAUCCAUAUAGACCUGAUGAAAGGGAGGAGCAUACUAUGGCUUGCGGGAGAAAGCAAAAACACCUUGCCGCACUUAAACACAGUCAAGAAAUUGAGUGCAGUGUUUGCUUGGACCGUGUACUCUCGAAGCCAUCAGCUGCCGAAAGGAAGUUCGGAUUACUGUCAGAAUGCGAUCAUCCAUUUUGUAUAUCAUGUAUCAGGAACUGGCGUAACAAUUCCCCAACAUCAGGCAUGGAUGUGAAUAGUGCUCUUAGGGCCUGUCCAAUAUGUCGGAAGCUCUCGUAUUUUGUCAUUCCCAGCGUGAUUUGGUACGCCAACCAGGAAGAAAAGCAGGACAUCGUAUCCAGCUAUAAAGCAAAACUCAGUUCUAUAGACUGUCGGCACUUCGAUUUUGGAAAUGCAACAUGCCCCUUUGGGACUAGCUGUUUCUACAAGCAUGCUUACCGUGAUGGCAGGCUAGAAGAAGUGGCUUUGCGGCACCUCGGGGCUGAAGAUGGAGACACAGUGAUAGCUAAAGAUAUUAGGCUGUCUGAUUUCCUUCGGAAUUUGCAACUAAGGUGAACCAGACUUGGUUAUAAAGCAACACUUGUAAGUUCUGCCUUUGGCUUCGUUUGAGGAAUCAAAGCCAUAAAGAUAACUAGUUCCCUGCAAAGUACUUAUAUCUGGAGUUAAGUGUCUUGCUAAGAGCAUGGCGGAAGUAUUGUCGCCGUCGCAUUGCCUUUUUAUCACAAUUUUGGAUGGCAGAGCUCUUCGUAUCUUCUGGUCGGAUGUUGUAUGCUCAAACUGGUUCAGAUGUUAUACGCCAUAACAAUAGUUUUGGCUAGUGGAUUGGAACUAAAAUCUGGAAUGGGUUGUCUCAUAUCAAUAUGUAUUCAUUUUGACCGAUACUAAAAUAUUACAAAAUUCAGUUUCCAUUUCUGAUACGAGAUGUAAUUCAGCAUCAUGGUUAAGAAAAGUAAGUGUUCUUCGAGCACCCAAAUACUCAUCCUCA